UAGAUGGAUGGAUGGAUGGAUGCAUGGAUGAGUGGGAUGGAUGGAUGGGUGGGGUGGGAUGGGAUGAGAUGGGAGAGGUUCAGAAGGCCUAAAGGGCUCAUCUAUGGAACCAGGAGACUGAGCCGUGGGGAUGGUGACUAGGGGUGGUCCCACCCACAUAAGAGGGUCACAGAGAGAGGAGCAUUGAGAGAUGACUCCACUGUGUCAGGUGGCGAGUUUGAAGUGGGCUUGGAAAUGCAGGGGAGAGGCCCGAGGCUGGGAUCAAGUGCUCAGGAUCCUUGUCCUCUCCACUUGGAGUCAUGAGUGUAGAUUUUAAAAAUCAUGCAGGCAGAACGUUUCCAGUCAGGAGGGUGCUGACCCCAUUCCUGGGUCACACCAGCAUUUGAAGGUCUGAUGGAGGAGGAAGAGGUGCCUGAGAUGAUGGGACCAAAGGGGAGUGAGAGACCAGGACAGAGUCUAAGAAGGAGAGUGAUGAGUCACACUGUGGGCCUUACUCUGUGGCCUUGGUGGCUUAGGUAAUCCUGGCUCUGCCUUACCUUGUGUGCGCUUGGGCAAACGAUCGCUUCUCUGCACCUUGCUUCUCUCUUGCAUAACAUGCAGAUGAUAAAUUAAUGCGUAGUAUUGUUAUAAGGAUUAAAUUAGUUAAGGAAUGUAAAAUGCUUACAAUGUGGGCAUUUAGUAAAUGCCCAGUAAACAUUAGAGGAGGCCGCUGGGAGGAGUAGAAAAGUGAGUGCAUAUUUUACAGUUCAUGUAUUUGCACCUUUGAAAUCCAUAUGUUGUUUGAAAAAUGUUCUUCAUUUCCAUGAGGAGGACGCCACUCCCAGGGAAAUAGUCUAAGCACUUUGAGAACACUUAUCUAAGAGAAAGGACAAUCUUUGCUGUAGUCAGAGGGACCACAGGGAGGAGGCUCUGGUCUGAAAACAUUUCAGAACAAAAGAUUUUACCAUUACCACCAAAACCAAAACCAAAACAAAACCCAAAACAACAACAACAACUAAAACCUUCCACUGUAGUCUGUAGGUAGCUCCCAGGGGGAAUUGUCCAGUGAAGCAAAAAACUCUCAUUGAAAAACAUAUACGCAUGAGGAUACAGGCCCCCUCUGGGGAAGGAAGGGGCUGGCCUGGAGAAGAAAUCCAUUGGUAGUGGCCCUGUGGGGCUGGUGCUAGGUUCCCAAGUGUUCAUUUGGUUAUUAUACCUCAUAACUUAUUUAUACAUUGCAUAUAUUUUGUAUGUAUCACAUACAACAUAAAAAAAUUUAAAUAUAUGUAUUCACUUGCUUUCACAGUAUUCAUAGCAAAUGAGUGUCUGAAGCAUAGGACCAGAGCUGGCAGCUUGCACUGCUUCUGUUUUGCAUAAGAUAUUUUCCCCAGCCCACUCAGCUCUAUAAAGUUGUUUUGUAUUUCACCACUUGCUCCAUCUUAUCUUGAAGCCUUGCAUAUUUUUUUAAAUGCUGGUUCUGAUCAUGCUUGCAGGGUGUGGCUCAGAGGAUCGCUGUUGGACCAAUGGAGAUCUGUCUGGGCCCAGCACACUCAUGAGUCCCCUGUGAUUUCAUCAGCAUCUGCCUUUAGAAACCUGGGCGUGUUUGUUCCCAUGGUAACUGCUGCCCCUGACACGCCCGAAAUUCCUGGCGAUGCCCUUGUGUGGAAGGGGAGCCCGUGAUGCCCAUUCUACCCCUGCAUAGGGCAGCUGCUUUUCUCCACCAGGGUCCCCAGUCCUGCCCAGGCAGGGGUGGCAGUUGUACAUCUGCAGAUCCUGAAGGACAUGGACCCUGUGCCUGAGACGGCCACACUAGCCUGGGUGCGGGCUCCCUCAAGUGUCCUUCCUCAUGCACCUGCGGGCCCUACCCUGUGUUGUAAGGGCCGGGGAGCACGGGGGCUUCCUGGGAGGAGGACGGGCUUCCUGCCCCUGAUGGGGCCUGGCCACAGCUCCCAGGGCUCCAUGACAGCACAGUGAAGAUACCAGCCACAUCCUGGGGGCCCUGGAUGCAAUCCCUGCCUGUUGUAAAGAUGAGAUAAAGGCGGGGGGAAAGAAGGGUCUGAAUUAGGGGUUGAGCUCUGAAAUCUGGCGAUUCUGUGUUUCUUGCCGCAUGGAGGGUGUGUGGUUCGCAGGCCGCGGGGCGCUUCUGCCAGCGGGGGCUGGUGCCUAAACACACUCUGCAGACCCCAUGGUGGCAAAAGCCCCUCGCCCUGUUCAUGACUUAAUGCCUCCUAGAAGAAAAGGCUAAAACCAAGACACACAGAACAAGAAAUUGCACCCUCAAAGCGACAGUUGCUCUGAGACUGGAACGCUGAAAGAGGUUUCCAGGCCCGUGGCGAUGGUGAUGGGGGUGAAGGUCGCAGGUGGAGGGCACGGGGCGGCGGCUGCGGAGCCGGGGGAGGAGGCGGCGGGUGCCCGGGUCUUCCUCGGAGCGCGCCCCUGGGCUGGGCGACUGUCCCUGCCUCCCACCGGCGCCCUGGUCCCCGCAGCAGCUUCCCCGCCGCCACCCCGCUGCCUCGUCCCCUUUCUCAGCAAACAGUGGUGCCCGCUACGUGGGGGAUCCUGGAGGCUGCUGAGCACGAGCGCCCUCCUCGACCCGCCCCUGCUCCUGCCUCCACUCUUGCCUCGGGGGGAGGGUCUCAAUCUUCUGCCUAAGGCGCCCUCCUCCCUCGGGAAGUCCGCUGUCCUCUGCCGUGAAGAUUGCCCCUCUCUCCUCCAGGGCCUCCUCCCCAGCGGCUCCCACCCUCCGCACCCCAUCUUGCGACCUCCCCGCCAGCCCAGCCCCUCACCAGAAGAGCCUCUCUCUUCCAGCCCCUGAAAUCUGGCUUCUGCCCCAGCCAGGAGCCUGUGCAGGGCGCUUCGCCACCAGGUGGCAUUUCCCACAAACCGGCCACUCCGCCCUGACCCCUCUCCUCCCUGGACCUCCAUCUCCCAGUUUUCCUCCCUCCAGGAUCCCACUCUCAGUGUCUUGCCAGAUUCCUGUCCGCUGCCAGCCCUUGAAUGCGGCGGUUCCUAAACCCCUAUCCUGGGGCGAGCCCUGCCCUCUCACUGUAGAAGAGCUUCUCAGCCAGGGGGUCUUGCGGGCCGGAUAUCUGCAUUUUUAACAAACUCCCCACACUGACAAUCUGUGCCAACCCUUCCCAGGCAAAUCUUGCCCCCGCGUUCAUGGCCUCGCCUCCCAGCAGGCUUGGCCCACUCCGCUAGAGCUCCAGCUCGGCCCUCCUAAGCCCCAAGCUGCAUAACUGCCUGGUGGGAGCGUGUUCCACAGGUACCUCGGACUUGCCCUGACCCCAGAACUUCUCUUCUACUCCAGGCCGGUCCCUCCUGCCAUCCUCUGUCUGGUAAAUGGCACUGCCAUUGCCUGCAGGACGAAGUCCAUACUUGUGUUUUUGGCUACAGAGUCCAGCGUCACCUCUCUCUGAGCAGCCUGCAGCCUCUGGUCCAGCCACACUGCACAGCUUGCAGUUUCCAGAUAGGCAGUGGCCUUUGCACUGCCGGCCCCACGUGGGAAGGCCCCGCCCCUGGCCCUGGCCAGAACAGCACCCACUCAUCCUUUCCCAUCCCAGCUUGCCCGCUGAGUGACUUUGAAUGAAUAAUUCAUGUUGCCUGUGCCUCUGUUUCCUCAUCCUUAAAGUGGCAUAAUAAUUCGUUCCUGCCUCAUGGAAUUGUGAGUGCCAAACAGUAAGUCCAGUGCCCGACAUAGUAAAUGCUCAGCAUAUGAUGAUGAUGAGCCACGUCUAAGCAGGCGCAAGCCCUCCCAGGCUUCUCAUCUGCAAUAUUGGCCAUUUCUCUUCAUGCCUCAGUGUCCUGUUUGAGUUGAGCAUGUUUUUUUACAAGUGAGUCUCCUCCAUUGGCCAGGAACCGUCCGAGAGCCGGGAGCAUUUGUCAUUCUUGAUGGACUCCCAGGACCUAAAUUAGUACUUGACCCUUAAGAGGUGUUGGCUGGGUGCGGUGGCUCAUGCCUGCCAUCCCAGCACUUUGGGAGGCUGAAGUGGGCGGAUCAUGAGGUCAGGAGUUCGAGACCAGCCUGGCCAACAUAGUGAAACCCCCGUCCCUACUAAAAAUAUAAAAAUUAGACGGGUGUGGUGGCAUGCACCUGUUGUCCCAGCUACUUGGGAGACUGAGGCAGGAGAAUUGCUUGAACCCGGGAGGCAGAGGUUGCAGUGAGUCAAAAUUAUGCCACUGCACUCCAGCCUGGGUAACAGAGCCAGACUCCAUCUCAAAACAAAACAAAACAAGGUGUUUACCAAGGGUUGGUUCAUUUAGUGAAUUAAGUGAGUUAACCACCAUUAACAAUGGUUAAGGACACCUGGGCACUGGCUGGAUUUGACUCCAAGCUCUACCGAUUACUUGUGUGACUUUGUGCAAGUUAAUCAACAUCUCAUCUUGUUUUCUCAUCUGUAAAAUGGGGAUGAUACUAGCAUGUACCUCCCAGGACUGUAGUGAACUUUUAAUUAAGAUAAUUAUUGAAUUUAAUAGGUAGUUUAUUGAUUAAUCAAUUAAAUUUACAUAGGUAAUUGUGGCGCAGUGAGCCCAGGGGCUCAGUAGGUGUUAGCAGUCAUCAGAGGUGCUAUUUGAAACUGUGGGUGGAUGAAGAGGUGAACUCAGGACCACGAAUAUGAGAGAGCAGUAACCACCAUAGAAAAGAAAAGAGAGCCUAAGUGUCUAGGACACCCCAAGCAAUCUCUUCUGAAUGACGGCAAUGAGACAUCCAUUAACAGUGGGGUAGGCUGGUUUGUGCCGGGUUGGAGGCUCUUCCAAAAAUAAACAACUUUAAAAAAAUCUCCCCCGGGUGUGGUGGCUCACACCUUUAAUCCCAGCACUCAGGGAGGCUGAGGUGGGUGGAGCACAAGGUCAGGAGUUCAAGACCAGCCUGGCCAAGAUGGUGAAACCCCGUCUCUACUAAAAAUACAAAAAUUAGCUGGGCACG